AUGACUAUAGCCACCACGACAGGAGCCAUGACUAUAGCCACCACGACAGGAGCCAUGAUUAUAGCCACCACGACAGGAGCCAUGACUAUAGCCACCACGACAGGAGCCAUGACUAUAGCCACCACGACAGGAGCCAUGACUAUAGCCACCACGACAGGAGCCAUGACUAUAGCCACCACGACAGGAGACAUGACUAUAACCACCACGACAGGAGCCAUGACUAUAGCCACCACGACAGGAGUCAUGACUAUAGCCACCACGACAGGAGCCAUGAUUAUAGCCACCACCACAGGAGCCAUGACUAUAGCCACCACGACAGGAGCCAUGACUGUAGCCACCACGACAGGAGCCAUGACUAUAGCCACCACGACAGGAGCCAUGACUAUAGCCACCACGACAGGACCCAUGAUUAUAGCCACCACGACAGGAGCCAUGACUAUAGCCAACACGACAGGAGCCAUGACUGUAGCCACCACGACAGGAGCCAUGACUAUAGCCACCACGACAGGAGCCAUGACUAUAGCCACCACGACAGGAGUCAUGACUAUAGCCACCACGACAGGAGCCAUGAUUAUAGCCACCACGACAGGAGCCAUGACUAUAGCCACCACGACAGGAGCCAUGACUAUAGCCACCACGACAGGAGCCAUGACUAUAGCCACCACAACAGGAGCCAUGACUAUAGCCACCACGACAGGAGCCAUGACUAUAGCCACCACGACAGGAGCCAUGAAUAUAGCCACCACCACAGGAGCCAUGACUAUAGCCACCACCACAGGAGCCAUGACUAUAGCCACCACCACAGGAGCCAUGACUAUAGCCACCACGACAGGAGCCAUGACUGUAGCCACCACGACAGGAGCCAUGACUGUAGCCACCACGACAGGAGCCAUGACUAUAGCCACCACGACAGGAGCCAUGACUAUAGCCACCACGACAGGAGCCAUGACUGUAGCCACCACGACAGGAGUCAUGACUAUAGCCACCACGACAGGAGCCAUGACUGUAGCCACCACGACAGGAGCCAUGACUAUAGCCACCACGACAGGAGCCAUGAUUAUAACCACCACGACAGGAGCCAUGAUUAUAGCCACCACGACAGGAGCCACGACUAUAGCCACCACGACAGGAGCCAUGACUAUAGCCACCACGACAGGAGUGAUGACUAUAGCCACCACGACAGGAGUCAUGACUGUAGCCACCACGACAGGAGUCAUGACUAUAGCCAACACGACAGGAACCAUGAGUAUAGCCACCACGACAGGAGCCAUGACUAUAGCCACCACGACAGGAGUCAUGACUAUAGCCACCACGACAGGAGUCAUGACUAUAGCCACCACGACAGGAGCCACGACUAUAGCCACCACGACAGGAGCCAUGACUAUAGCCACCACGACAGGAGUGAUGACUAUAGCCACCACGACAGGAGUCAUGACUGUAGCCACCACGACAGGAGUCAUGACUAUAGCCAACACGACAGGAACCAUGAGUAUAGCCACCACGACAGGAGCCACGACUAUAGCCACCACGACAGGAGUCAUGACUGUAGCCACCACGACAGGAGUCAUGACUAUAGCCACCACGACAGGAGUCAUGGCUAUAGCCACCACGACAGGAACCAUGAGUAUAGCCACCACGACAGGAGCCAUGACUAUAGCCACCACGACAGGAGCCAUGACUGUAGCCACCACGACAGGAGCCAUGACUAUAGCCACCACGACAGGAGCCAUGAUUAUAACCACCACGACAGGAGCCAUGAUUAUAGCCACCACGACAGGAGCCACGACUAUAGCCACCACGACAGGAGCCAUGACUAUAGCCACCACGACAGGAGUCAUGACUAUAGCCACCACGACAGGAGUCAUGAUUAUAGCCACCACGACAGGAGCCAUGACUAUAGCCACCACGACAGGAGCCAUGACUAUAGCCACCACGACAGGAGCCAUGUUUAUAGCCACCACGACAGGAGCCAUUACUAUAGCCACCACGACAGGAGCCAUGACUAUAGCCACCACGACAGGAGCCAUGACUAUAGCCACCACGACAGCGGUAUUCAGAUCACCGUUAUGUGGCGCAAAGAACAUGAAGAAACUGUUUCAUAACGGGGACCCUUUCCCGUUUACUGCUAAAUUUUAUUAA